AUGACAUCCAAAAACCCACUCGAGCUGCCCUUGCCGGUGGUGGUGGAUAACUUACUGCCUCUUCUCUCGAGCCGCGACUUGACUGUUCUGCGGUCCGUCUCGAAACAGGCCAAAGCUUUGGCCGAAGACGAGUUGCUCUGGAAACGCAAAGUGCUCGCCGACUUUACUUUUCCUGCACACGCCACUGCCCGGAUGGGUGGCUGGUUCAACCUGUACAGAGGGCUCAGCCGUCCCCAAGUCUACGUCUGGGGUAGCGCAGACAACGGCCGACUUGGCAUCGACUACGAAGAGCUUCUGGCUCGGUGGGGUUCAGGCCGACACCCCCAGGCAGGCAUCGCAUACCCCAUGAAGCUGCGCACCAUCAGUUCCUUGCAACGGCCCAACUCGCAGGCUAGGCGUCUUGGAACAGAACAAGACGAAGAACGACCUCUUGGUGCGGUUGUUGAGAUCGUAGCUGGAGGUUGGUCCUUCCAUGCGCGCACCUCGACGGGCAGGGUGUGGUACUGGGGCACCAUGGAUGGCGAAACGUAUGGGGGUCCGACAGCGUCGGUGCGCCAUCCGGGAAAGGUGCGCCGCACUCCUCACCUCUUGGAAGACCUUCCGCCUAUCCAGUCGCUCUCAGGGGGCAGGGGUCAUGCUGUGGCACUCACAUACAACAAUCGUAUUCUAGAAUGGAGAGCCUGGGGCACGAUCUGGGAGCUCGAAGGCUUUCCAGCGAGUGUCAUCGGCACUCCAACGCAAGCAAGCACCUCAGAUAGUAGCGACCCUGCUGUGCCUAGCACCAGCAACAUCAAGCAGCUGGAAGCUGGGUGGACGUUCUCGGCUAUUCUGACUCAUACGGGUCAAGUAUGGAUUUGGUAUUCGGACUGGAGCGCCGGUUCCUUCAAUCGAGCCUACUAUCGGGGAUAUCCACUCGAGGAAGCGAUGUACGCCGACCCACCUGGCAAUGACCAUCUGAAAAGGCUGCCCAUCAACGUUACCCCAAUACAAUUGCCUUCCAUCGUUUCCGGCCAGCAUCAUCAAAGCGAUCAAGAACAAAAUGACGCCACAAACAAGAUCACGCAAAUUGCGGCCGGAGAAGACUUCGUCAUUGCACUUACGGAGGCUGGAACAUUGUACAGGAUCGACUUGCACCUGCCCGCACUGCCCACAGCCGAGGACCAUCUCGUGAUUCGCCGGUUGCAGGAAAGCAUGGACGGCGCUGAUCAGAGCGGCAUUGGAGCCAAAAUUCACCAAGCGCUGAUGACGCGCUUUGUCCAGACGAGAGCACGGUGGGAGCGGCUCUCUGCGUUCGAGGAUCCCCAAUCUCUGCCUGGUUUCGAUACGGCGUGGCUCGAGAACAAGCGAGGUGUCAGAGGUUCAGUCGGUAAGAUCUCGCACAUCUCGGCGCACUUUCGACAAUUUGUUGCGUUUCACACGGUUGUUGCAUGUGAACGACAGGAAUCGGAACAGACCGCCGGAGAAGAGACGCAGACUCUGGUUUUACUAGGAUCCUCCACGUCGGCUGAGCCACAGCUGAUCCCAGAAUUGCAAGCUCGAGGAGUGAUCAAGGUAACCAUGGGCGACUAUCAUUACGGCGCAUUGACGCAGAAGGGCGAGAUUUUGACAUGGGGAGCGUGGAGCAGUGGUGCGUUAGGCAACUGGCCACCGCCUUGGCUGCGCACUGCUGACACAGCUGGAGCUGGAGUCGGAGGUGACGCCGCGCAGGAGGCGCACCAGGUGGGAGAGCAAGGUCAAGAAUACCAAGGCGACCGUGGAUGGUUCGGCAAUCUCGUCCCGCUUCCGAGCAUGUUCCGCGCACCGCAGAGAGGCGCGUUCCAGCCGAGAAUCGGGUUUGCGGGACGAGGACGAGUCGGCCGUGCAGGCGCUGCGCCGAGAUCGGCAGGUCCGAGUCAGGACAAUGUCGCCACGCCUACGCUGAUUCACAUCCAUCCGGAACCAGCCAAAGAGGGCGAAGAGGGGAGCUCCGGCACACCCUUCGCGUUCGACCUGGUCUUUGCUGGUUGGCAUUCGUCGGCGCUGGUCAUGGAUGCUCCAGCCUCCGCGAGCAGCUAG